AUGGCCCACGCCAAGAGAAAGACUCGAAAGCUGAGGGGUCACGUGUCGCAUGGACACGGUCGUAUUGGUAAGCACAGAAAGCAUCCCGGAGGUAGAGGAAAGGCUGGUGGUCAACAUCAUCAUAGGAUCAACCGUGACAAAUUUCAUCCUGGUCUCUUCGGAAAGGUCGGUAUGCGAGUAUUCCAUUUGAACAAGAAUCAUUAUUAUUGUCCGACUGUGAAUGUUGACCGACUCUGGUCUCUUGUUCCGGAGCACAUCAAAGAGCAAUCCAAUCCCAGCAAGGCUCCGGUCAUCGACUGCGUGAAGGCUGGAUAUUUCAAGGUUCUUGGAAAAGGACUGCUCCCGAAGCAACCUCUCAUUGUCAAGGCCAAAUAUUUCUCCCACGAAGCCGAAAACAAGAUCAAAGAAGCGGGAGGAGCUUGCAUUCUGGAAAUGGCUUGCGUUUACGCCGCUCUCAUCCUCCAGGAUGAUGAAGUCGCAAUCACUGGUGACAAGAUCGCUACCCUCCUUAAGGCCGCCAACGUUGAGUUCGAACCAUUCUGGCCAGGACUCUUUGCUAAGGCAGUCGAAGGAAUUGAUGUCAAGAACUUGAUUACCUCCGUUUCAUCUGGCGCUGGCUCUGCUGGGCCUGCACCAGCCGCUGCUGGUGGCGCCGCAGCUCCUGCAGCCGCUGAGGCACCAGCUGCCGAGAGCAAGAAGAAGGAAGAGCCAAAGGAGGAGUCCGACGAUGAUAUGGGAUUCGGUCUCUUCGACUGA